CAGCCUCGAGCAGACCCAGUGAUGUCUGCGUAUUUCCGGAUGCUUGGUUAGAAUUCCGCUCAUGUUUGGAGGUCAGUGCUCCCCUAUGCAAAUCGACGCUCGGCUCCUCAAGAGCCCUCUGUUCUGCUCCGGGGUCACUGCUGAGCGCCAGGCCGUGGAAACACCAGCGGUUGUCAGGGAAGCUCUUGAGCAACAAGCCCGUGAUAGACCUUCAGAUGGAGGAGGAGGAGGAAGAGGAGGAGGGAGGCCGAAUCUCAUUAGAUUUCCCCCGAUAAAGAAGGUACAUUGUGUGGAGGUCUUGGGUCUAGCAAGACGAGCACUGGAGGUCACAUGUGGAAAAUAUGCCGUGUGAGCGGUGCCAAUAUUCAAAAGAUUCCUGUGCACCCUACAAUUCUCUUUUAUAUUUAUGCGCUCACCCAUGUGCGCACAGUACACAGGCCGGCAGCUGUCCAAACAUGUUUAAUCGUAAAUGUGAAUAUGACGAUCACAUUUUUUUUUUCUUUUGCGGACAACUUCCAUUUCAUCAUCCGCAGCAGGGGCAGUUUAAUGAUGCAGGGCUGCAGCUUCAAAGCCUCGCCAUAGAAAGUGUCCUAUUCAGAGCUCCAGCGAAACUGUAAAAGCAGUUAAUUGGCACGACGGAGCUUUGAAGUGAGCUGGGGGCAGCAGAGCCCUGAAACUGGAGGAGAGGAACCAGUCAGGUGCCACAAAAAGGUAGAGAGGAAACAGAAAACCCAGAGAGGAGAAGUGAGAUACGAAACGCGUUCAUGCGUAAUCCCACGCCUAAAUGUGACAUACUUAAAAGAAGAAAAAAAGUUUGGGUUGGUCUACAGGUGGCUCAAGGUGUAGCCUAGAGAGAGAGGGGCGAGAGAAAGGGAUGAGAGCACUGGUGCGCGCUGGGAACCAUCCGGACCAGAGCUGAAAGACGGAUAUUCCCUGCCUCAGGACACACCCUCCACGCUCUCUCUCUCUCUAUCCCUCUCUCAUUGUUUCCCACACUGACUCUAUCGCCGCCGGGCUUCGUAUCGGGUUGUCAAAUGACUAGCCAGCCGCUUGGAUUAGAGGAGCGCAAAGUGAAAUCAUUCCGCCGGAGAGGCACAACUUUGGUGGCUGCUUCCACACACACGUCACGAAAUAGGAUGAGUGUAGAUUAUAUUUAGGGGUUUUCUGUUUUUUUUGGUGCGUGGAUCAGGCUUAAAGAGAGACAGAAGAAGGAGAAGAAGAAGAAGAGGAGGAGAGAGUGCCAGCUGAUUGGGAUAAGAGUUCAAGUCAAGUGAGCCGGCAGAUUGGACCCUUUUAAAGCCUCUUAGGGCAGGUGGAGGGAGGAAUACAGCGCAAGGGGAGUGUGUUUACGUGUCCUGUGUGUGUGUGUGUUUGUGUGCAUGUGUCAUUCCCAGUGGAAAUCCACCCUGGACACAGCAGCAAGAGGGUGAUCAGGUGUGCGUGUGUAUAUGUGUGGGUGGGUGUGGGAUAAAUCCAAGCGGAGAAAGAGGUAGCAGUGAUUAUGGUCUCUGAACUGGACGCGAUGAAGUGGCUCAGCGGGAGUUUCAGGGUUUAAGACCGGAGAAGGAGGAGAGCUGGGCGGACGGACGGACGCAGGGAGGGACGAGGGGGGGGGCACACCACCACCACCAUCAUCGCCAGAGCGCACAACGCAGUCCCCAAUCCCUUGACGCAAGGAUGGAGAGCUCAAGAGCGCACAUGAUAACUCGGCUCGAUUCCAGAAACGGGAGUGGAAAGAUCAGCGGGAGGCCAGACAUGAGGGGUGACCGACACCGGGAACACCUCCACCUGCAGCGGGCUGUGAUUUUACUCGUUGCGCUCACGAUACAACCGCAGGCUGUGUGUGCCGUGGGGAUGUUCGAGCUUCAGAUCCGCCACUUCCAGAACCCGCACGGAUUCCUGCAGAACGGAGACUGCUGUGACCUCCAGGCUAGUGGGGGGCAGCGCUGCUCUGCCAGGGACCAAUGUGACACUUUCUUCCGAGCCUGCCUCAAGGAGUACCAGGCCCGGGUCGCUUCAACUGGAGCCUGCACCUUUGGCUCCGGCAGCACAGGCGUCCUGGGUGGAAACUCCCAGUCACUCCGUCACCGAGGACACGAUGGAGGAGGAGGAGGAGGAGGAGGAGGAGGAGGAGGAGGAGCAGCAGGAGGAGAGGAUGGGACUAACGGACACAUUGCCAUUCCCUUCAUAUACGCCUGGCCAAAGUCUUUCUCUCUGGUGUUGGACGCUCUGGACUCCGACAACGACACAUCAGAUUCAGGUCAGUUAAUUGAGCGAGUCCUCCUCUCCUCCAUGUUGAACCCUGGUGAACAGUGGCAGACGUAUCGUCACCACGGACGGAUUCUCAGCAUGGAGUACCGGCUUCGCUUUCGCUGUGACUCCAAUUACUACGGACCUUUCUGCAACAAGCUCUGCCGCGCCCGUGAUGACUUCUUCGGUCACUUCAGCUGUGACCCCAGCGGCUCCAAGGUCUGCAUGGACGGCUGGACGGGGCCGGAGUGCAAAGAAGCGGUAUGCAGGCAGGGGUGUCAUCAGGCCCAUGGCUACUGUACGUUACCUGGAGAAUGCAAGUGUCACUAUGGCUGGACAGGUCUUCUGUGUGACCAGUGUGUGACGUUCCCCGGCUGUGUGUACGGGAGCUGCACCGAGCCCUGGCAGUGUGUGUGCGACAUCAACUGGGGAGGACUGCUGUGUGACAAAGAUCUGAACUACUGUGGCACCCACCAGCCCUGUAAGAACAGUGGGACCUGCACCAACACUGAGCCAAACGAGUACAAGUGUGAGUGCCAGGAAGGUUUCAGAGGGCGUAACUGUGACAUUGUCGAACAUGCAUGUUUGUCGUCCCCAUGUAUGAACGGAGCCACCUGCGUGGAAGACCCAACAGGUUUCAGCUGCAUCUGCACCGACAGCUGGACUGGAAACACCUGCGCAGACGCGGUGAGGCAGUGUGAUCGGAGCCCUUGCGGACGUGGAGCGACAUGUGAGGAGGCUCCGGGAGGUUACCGGUGCCUCUGCCCGCCUGGAUGGACCGGCAGGACGUGCCAGCUGGACACCAAUGAGUGUGAAAUGAGUAUAUGUGUCCACGCCCGCUCUUGCCGCAACCUGAUCGGUGGAUACCUCUGUGACUGCCUUCCUGGGUGGACGGGUCCUAACUGUGACAUCAGGAACAGCAGCUGUCAGGGUCUGUGUUUGAACGGUGGACGUUGUGAGGACCAGGUGUCGGGUUCCAGAUGCUGGUGUCCACCUGGUUUCUCAGGGAAAUACUGCCAAAAUGGCCCAAGUCCUUGUGACAGCGCCCCCUGUCUGCAUGGAGGACAGUGUGCGGCGAAGGAUGGAAGGACGGCCACCUGCAACUGCCCCAUGGGAUAUUCAGGAAUCUUCUGUGAGAUAGAGUUGGAUCUGUGCAAUCCCAACCCCUGCCAGCAGGGGGUACCCUGUCACAUCACAGAGGGCAGGCACAUGUGUGCCUGUCCUGAGGGUUACUAUGGGAACGAGUGCAUGAGCCUCAAAAAUCCCUGCAUUGGUCAACACUGUUCAGGUGCCAUGUCUGACACAACACACGGGGGCAUCAGCUUCUACAUGAUCCUGGUGGGCAUCUUAGCGUUAGUGACAGUCUGUGGCUGUGCUGCCUGUGCCUUCAUCCUUUCACACCUCCAUCGAAAGCGGAAAAAGCAGCAGGCCGUCCCACAGGAAGAAGGCAUCAACAACCAGAGGGAGUUUGUCAACCUCAUCAGAAACGUGGACCGUCCCAUUCCCCUCCUGCCGCCCGCUGCCCCGCUCACACAGCCUCCAGCCCCUGCCCCCGUCUCACGUUGCUACGAGGAGAUUGAACUGACCCUGCCGCCUUCCCCGGCCCCUUCACACCCUUCACCGGCGCUAAAGCCUGCCCACGCUCCCAAAAUGGACAUUUCAAACCAGGACAGGGAGAAGUUGAACCGCUUCCACCACACAGACAACCAGGAACUGGAGCUCUGACCCUUGAGCUUUUGUGCAUCUGAGGAGCUUUUUUCGUUUUGUUUUGCGUCCUACGCACUCUUUUGCUGACAGGAGCCUGUCUCCAGAUACUGCCACUUUAUCACAGUUGCAGUUAAUUGGAAGACCCUUUGACCUUUGUGUGCUCAGAUAGCUAUCGGCAGACGCCUGAGAAGCAAAGGCUGCUAAGUAGAGGGGUCAAAAGUCUUACUGUAUUGACCUCUUUGAGCCUAUUUUGAUGACUGUUGGAAGCAGCAGGUGCAUGAUGUCUGACUAAAAGACUCUUCAGACUCUUGAAUUAAUCUGGAGACUUAAAGACAUGCCUUGGAGUGCCUGAGAUACUGUCAAGAGGAAGUAGAGGAUCAUCCUCUAUAGGAGCCUCUCAACGUGUCUCCUGGUCCACGGUGCCAUGGGAUUGAUGUUCAGACCUCCAUUUCUGUUUCAGACCUAACUCUGACAGACAGAGAGCGCGAUGAAUGGAUGUUUAUUUAACACUAGGUGUGUUUCUGUGUCUAGCUGUCCGUAAGUGUGUGUGUGAGAGUGAAAGAGAAAGCGAGAGUGUAUAUUAUGAGUGUUUGUGCGGAAAAAAUAGGAAGGAAAGAAACAUUUUACUUAAAGAAAAGAAAAACAAAGUUGAUAUACUUGUCAAAAAAGAGUGCAUACUCCUGAAUUAAAGGCUUUUAAGCCUUUUGAAAACUGUUUUAAAACCAUACACUGUUGCCUGCAUUGUCUCUGUAAUACUACAGUUUGUUAACGAUGUAUGAUUUUUUCAUACCUGUGUGUAAAAUAGCUUUUUUUGUACAUAAAUAUAUUGUACAUAUUGAUGCUCUUUUUGUACUGUGGUUUGGUCUGAAAGUAUCUCUGUAUUACUUUGCUCUAUUUGUCCCAUUUCACUUUCCAUUUGGAACAACCAGCACAUGUGGAUUGUAAUAAAGGUUUAUUUACCAACA